CUCAUUUCUAUCCACUCUGGUCUCUCCCCUCUGCUGGCCUGCCUGCCUGCCUGCCAAGCCAACCGAGCCAUUCGGUCUGACCUCCCAGACUCAAUUCAUCCAAAAGAGAAGAAACUACUCCAGGUUUUAGAAUGUCAAGUUAUAAGAGCACCAGUUACAGCGUGAAGACUUCUUCCGUCCCACGGAACUUCAGCAGCAACUCCUACGCUGGACCAAGUGUCAGCCGCAGGAACUACAAUGUCAGAAGUUCCUUUGCAGGAGGGAACAGGGGCUUUGGAGGAGCUGGCAUCACCAGCAGCAGCGCCUAUAGCCUGAGCUCAAGCAUGGGUGGCACAGGCAUGGGCAUAGGUGGAGGCAUGGGUGGAGGCUAUGGUGUUGGCAUGGUUUCCCAGGCCCCCAUCACCGCUGUUACUGUCAACAGGAGCCUGCUGGCCCCCCUGAACCUCGAGAUUGACCCCACCAUCCAAGCUGUCCGCACCCAGGAGAAGGAGCAGAUCAAGACCCUCAACAACCGCUUUGCUUCCUUCAUUGACAAGGUUCGUUUCCUGGAGCAGCAGAACAAAAUGCUGGAGACCAAGUGGAACCUGCUGCAGGGACAGACCACCACCCGCUCCAACAUAGACGCCAUGUUCGAGGCCUACAUCGCCAACCUGCGCAGACAGCUGGACAGCCUGGGCAACGACAAGAUGAAGCUGGAGGCUGACCUGCACAACAUGCAGGGCCUGGUAGAAGACUUUAAGAACAAGUACGAAGAUGAGAUCAACAAGCGCACAGAGUGUGAGAACGACUUUGUCCUCAUCAAGAAGGAUGUCGAUGAGGCCUACAUGAAUAAGGUUGAGCUGGAGGCCAAGCUGGAGAGUCUGACAGAUGAGAUCAACUUCCUCAGGUCGAUCUACGAGGAGGAACUUCGUGAGCUGCAGAGCCAGAUCAAGGACACUUCAGUCAUUGUGGAGAUGGACAACAGCCGCAAUCUGGACAUGGAUGCCAUUGUGGCUGAAGUGAGGGCUCAGUAUGAGGACAUCGCCAAUCGCAGCCGCGCUGAGGCAGAGUCAUGGUACAGGACUAAGUAUGAGGAGAUGCAGACAUCCGCCAACAGAUAUGGAGAUGACCUGAGGUCAACCAAGACAGAGAUUGCAGACUUGAACCGCAUGAUCCAGAGACUGACAUCAGAGAUUGAUGCUGUCAAGGGACAGCGUGCCAAUCUGGAGGCCCAGAUCGCAGAGGCUGAGGAGCGUGGUGAGCUGGCUGUGAAAGACGCCAAGGCCCGCAUUAGAGACUUGGAAGAGGCUCUGCAGAGAGCCAAACAGGACAUGGCCCGCCAGAUCAGAGAAUAUCAGGACCUGAUGAACGUCAAGCUGGCUCUGGACAUUGAGAUUGCUACCUACAGGAAGCUACUGGAAGGAGAGGAGGACAGGCUGGCAAAUGGCAUCAAGGCCAUCAACAUCUCCCAACAGAGCACAAGCUAUGGUGGUUUUCCCAUGGAUAGCAUGAAGUCCAGCUACUCAAGCAACUACUCCAGUGGUUUCAGCAGCGGAUAUGGCAGCAGCUUGGGUGGCUUCAGCGGCUUCAGCGGCGGCAGCGGCGGUGGAUACAGCACCACCCAGAGCAAGAAAAACGUCGUUAUCAAGAUGAUUGAGACCAAGGACGGCAGAGUGGUGUCUGAGUCCUCUGAAGUAAUUGAGGAUUGAGCUGUCUAGUUCAGAUUUACCUACCUGUCUGCUCUCCUCCACCUCUCUUGUAGUUUUGUACUUAAAGUUCACCCCUUAACUAUCAUAAUAAACAAGUCUGAUGUCAAAUGCUUGCCAGCCACUCUUCAAUAGAGCCUAAUUAUGUUUUUCAUGAAGCAAUAAAAGAUACUAACACUACCAAAGAUCUAAAAGGGACCAAAGAAUUUAUUUUGUUUAUCUAACUGUCUGUACUAAAAAAAUAACUGUCUCACAAAGUGAGAUAAAUGGGCAAAUUGCAACUUUGAAAAAAAAAAAUAUAUACAUGACACUCCCUUGAAAUCUACUUCAUACACAAAAGGCUGUUUCCUUCAAAAUGGUGUUGCAACGUGGACUGUAGUGUUGUAGAAGGAUGUGAAUGUACUGAAACAACAUCGUUGGUCAGCCAGUGUCUUAAAAAUGCCUGCUGCAGUAGGUAGUGCAUGUCUUCCCUGUGCGUGUCCUGUAACUGAAACUGUUCGACCCCUUAGGAGACUGCCCAGUUCAUACUGUUGUCCUGAGGUGCUGUUUUUGCUACCAAAACAAAUAAAAAUGUGUUUACUGAAAAAAAAA